AUGGGAUCCAUCGCCCCUCCAAGUGAAUAUGUCGUGGCUGACAAGUACAUCGGUGAAGCCAAACCAAUCAAGAUCAUCGUCAUCGGCGCAGGCAUCUCUGGUAUUGCAUUCGCAUACAAGAUCAAAGCUCUGGAAAACGUCGAAUUUGUGAUCUACGAAAAGAACUCCGAUGUCGGUGGUACUUGGUUGGAAUCACGGUAUCCAGGGUGCUCGUGUGAUAUUCCCGCACAUUCAUAUAGCUAUCCCUGGGUGAACAAUCCAAACUGGUCGCAAGUAUAUGCUGGCGCUGAGGAGAUCUGGGAUUUCUAUCGUGGACAGGCAAAGGAAUACGGCGUUUAUGAGAAGACAAAGUUCGAGCACCAGGUUGUUGGAGCUGAGUGGAGCGAUGAUGAUGGCAAAUGGAGGGUGGAGGCGAAGAAUCUCAAGACGGGUGAGGUUUCUGUUGACUCUGCAGAGGUCCUAAUUAACUGUGGUGGAGCGCUGAAUAACUGGAAAUGGCCUGAUAUUCCGGGCCUCCACUCCUUCGGUGGAAAGCUCGUACACACCGCUCGCUGGCCUCAGGACUUGGACGUGACCGGAAAGCGCGUGGCAGUCGUCGGUGCUGGCUCUUCUGCAAUCCAGGUCAUUCCUGCUAUCCAACCGCUUGUGAAAUCACUCACCUCGUUUAUUCGUUCACCGACAUGGAUCGCACCGCAAUUCUUGGGACAGCUUGCGAAAGAUGGCCGAGGAACAAAAUACACGAAAGAACAACAGGAAGAAUUCCGCCAAAAUCCAGAUAAACUACUACAAUACCGUCAAGAUAUUGACCACGCUCUCAACUCACGGUUCCCAAACUUCUACAAAGACUCUGACGAGCAGAAAAUGGCGAGGAAACUUGUUGAGGGUGGUAUGAGGGAGAAACUCGCUGCUAUGGAUCCCAAGCUUCGAGAAUCACUCAUUCCAGACUUCGACAUUGGCUGUCGACGAGUCACACCCGGCGAAGGAUACCUCGAAGCCCUCCAAGCAGACAACGUUCAUGUUGUGAGGAGUCCCAUCCAAUCCAUCAACAAAAGUGGCUUCAUCACAGCCGAUGGCGCGACACAUUCUGUCGACAUUAUCGUUGCAGCGACGGGAUACGACACGACGUAUGUUCCGCCAUUCCCUCUCAUUGGCCGCAACGGGGUCAAUCUACAGGAGAGAUGGACGAAGACCGGUGCUGAUGCCUACCUCACAUGCGCCGUCCCCGAUAUGCCAAAUUACUUCAUGGUUGUCGGCCCGAACUCACCCAUUUCAAAUGGAUCCCUGAUGCCCGCAAUCGAAACCCAACUCGAUUACGCACUAAGCUUCGCAAAGAAAAUUCAGUGCCAGGGUAUCAAGUCUGUGGUAGUAAGCGCCAAAGCGACGGCCGAUUUUAUUCAGCAUAAGGAUGCAGUCAUGCAGAACCUGACUUUCUCUGGAUCUUGCAACAGUUGGUACAAGGGCGGUACUUCUAAUGGGAAGAUUAUCGGUGUAUGGCCGGGGUCACUUAACCACUUCAUGGAGUGUCUUAAGGAACCGCGUCUGCAAGACUUUGAAUUCACAUACCACACGGCUAACAGGUUUGCAUAUGCUGGAAAGGGACUUUCGCUGCUUGAGCAGCAGAAUGGCCAGUUGGGGUGGUAUAUCAGAGCCAAACUAGCUUAA